GCGUCGACGCUCAUUUGCCGUCGCCGCCGUUGCCAGUGACGCCAGUGACGCUCGCUCAACAUGGCCGCCGUGGCUUCUGAAGCGAGGAUGCAGGCUAAAACCACUGAAACGUCCGACGUUGGGAAGACGGCCGCGCACGGACAACGUGAUGAAGGUACAUGCUCGAAGGAGAUCAGCUGCCGACAGGAAAUGACAACAGGCAUUCUCUUCAAAUGCUGUUUCUGCACCCAUGUCACCGGCCAUCAGCAUGGAAUCCUCAACCACCUGGUUGUCCAUGGAGAGGAACAACAACUUGAGUGUCAUCAGUGUCCAAAUUCCCUUUCCGAAAUGAAAGACUCGAGAUGCCAUACUAAGAUUUAUCAGUCAGAAGGAUCUUUCGAGCGUCAUCUGUGCCCAGCAACGUUUGGAGAAAAUAGUCAACUGGUCAAUCAGAUUCAAAUGCACAUAGGUGAAAAGCCUUCCAAGUGUAAGCAGUGUUCCCAAGCCUUCACUUGGAAUAAGCAGUUUAAAUGUAGCAGCUGUCCAGCGGCUUUCGUCCAAAGUGCAGACUGUAUAGCUCACAUUCAAAUGCACGCAGGCGAGAAACCUUACAAAUGCGAGCAUUGUUCUAAAGCGUUCAGUGCGCGUGCGACCCUGACGGAGCACAUUCGAAGUCACACGGGCGAGAAACCUUACAAAUGCGAGCAGUGUGCCGAAGCCUUUAGUGUGCGUAGGAACCUGACACAGCACACUCGAAGGCACACAGGCGAGAGGCCUUACAAAUGUGAGCAAUGUCCUGAAGCUUUUAGUGCACGUGCCACCCUCAGGCAGCACAUUCGAAGGCACACAGGUGAAAGACCGUACAAAUGCAAGCAAUGCCCCAAAGCCUUCAGUGCACGUGCGACCCUGACACAGCACAUUCGAACGCACACAGAUGAGAGGUCUUUCAAAUGCGAGAUCUGUCUCCAAGCUUUUCGUCACGGUAAUAUGCUGACACGGCACAUUCAAACACACACAGGUGAGAGACCCCACAAAUGCGAGAUAUGUUCCAAAGCCUUUAGUGAACGUGCCACCCUCAGGCAGCACAUUCGAAGUCACACGGGCGAGAGACCCUACCAAUGUCUGAAAUGUUCCAAAGCCUUUAGUGCGCGUGCAACCCUGACGCAGCACAUGCGAACGCACACAGGCGAGAGACCUUACAAAUGCGAGAAAUGUUUCAAAGCCUUCACUACGCGUACAUCCUUGAGGCAGCACAUUCGAACGCACACGGGCGAGAGACCUUAUGAAUGUGAGCAAUGUUCCAAAGCCUUUAGUACGCGUGCAACCCUUACACAGCAUGCUCGAAGGCACACAGGUGAGAAACCUUUAAGACGCAAGCCAUGUCCUGAAACGUAGGAACCUGGUGCAGCAGGCUCAAAUGCUUGAGGGGUCAUAGAAUUGUAUGUCCCGUAACUUGUCUGGGUCAGUCAGGUCAAGCAGAAAAAUGUUACUUGCGGGAAAAAGAAAGAAAAGGACUGCAGGAAUAGCUCUCACAGAUGUUAGCAGCAAGUUUCAACUUGGUCGGCCAUACAAACACACAGGCAGGGGGUCACCUGUUUGGACAGUUCGCUCAAGCCUUUCUAUAUUGUGCUGUUUUCUAGAUGCACGAAGGUGUGUGAGAAGCAAAGGUGGAUUUUGUAGACUAUGCUUGUCUGGCAUUGAAUUAACGAAAAGGGCAAACAACCUUCACUGACUCAUAGUUUGAUAAAUCCUGGCGUAAUUUGUCUAAAAAGAAGCUGGGCUCUUCAUAACUUUGCCUUCAAUAUUUGUUCUGGUGCCCGGGUACCCUUUAAAGUGCUGGCAAAAAGAAAAAAAACAUUAAAAAAAACUACCUUUGUCCUUAUUAAUUUCAGUAAACUUUUUUUUUUUUUUUUUUUUUUUUUUUUUUCAGAAAAGAGCAGCGUCCGCGAAAUGGUCUUUGAACUACAAAUGAAGUUGUAGUCUCCUAUCUCUUUCCAUUGCAGCGGAGCAAACGGUGGAGAGAAGGUCGCUUCCACUCCAGGGUUCGCUCUACUAAAGUGGAAAAAGGUGGGAGGAGCUUCCACUUCGUUCUUGACCUGUCUCCGACUACAGCCAUUUUACAUUUGCCUGAAAGGAAGCCUAAUGAAGUGUUGCAAAUAAUAAAUGUGUCUAAACUCGGC